UGUCGAAGAAAGAAGGUGAAAUGCGAUGGUGCUCAAUCUGUUUGUAGUAAUUGUGCUGCUCUAGGAUUGGCUUGUACCUAUAAAGAGUCAACGAAAAAGAGAGGACCUCCCAAGGGUUAUAUAGAAGCUAUUGAAGGCAGACUACAUCGAUUAGAAGCC